UCGUCGCGACUCCGAAAACCAAUUACCGGCUUCAUACGUCAACACCUGCCCCAUGACAACCAGAAGUCGCCUAUUCUGCUGAUGUAAACAAAUUUCACGACGAGAGAUGGUUCGAAUAUUAUUCCUUCAUCCGGACUUGGGUAUUGGUGGAGCCGAGCGGCUCAUGGUGGAUGCAGCCCUUGCCAUGCAACGAAAAGGCCACACCGUCAGCUUCCUGACUAAUCACCACGACUCGACCCAUUGCUUUGAGGAAACUCGUGACGGUACCUUAUGCGUAGACACCGUCGGUGACUGGUUACCGCGCCAAAUAUUUGGAAGAUUCUACGCUCUCUGCGCCUACAUCCGAAUGGUGUACGCCGCAUUCUACACAACUCUCGUGAUUUCACGUCGAGAGAAAAUCGACAUAAUCUUCUGUGAUCUCAUUUCAUUGGGGAUUCCCAUUCUUAAAUAUGCCAAAGCUCAACCAAAGAUAAUAUUCUACUGCCACUUCCCAGAUCAGUUGCUUACCACCCAAGAAGGACUUUUAAAAAGGAUCUACCGAGCGCCGUUGAACUUAUUGGAGGAACUUACGACCGGCGCAGCACAUCGAGUCCUAGUCAACAGCAAAUUCACUAGGAAUGUGUUCCGGAAAACAUUUCAACGACUAAGUGUAACUCCUGACGUGCUUUAUCCGUCUUUGAAUACAAAAUUUUUCGACAACGUGAAGGCGUCAGACAACGAAAUCUCGCUCAAUCUCCCGCGCCAAUCCUUCAUUUUCCUCUCCAUAAAUCGCUACGAACGCAAAAAGAACUUGGGCCUGGCAAUAGAAGCAUUCCAAAGCAUGGAGCAGCAUCUCUCGAAAGCUGAAUGGGAUCGGUGUCACCUAAUUCUUGCCGGCGGUUACGACGUCCGCGUCUUGGAAAACAUCCAGCAUUACGAGGAGUUGGAGAAACUAGCGACGGACCUAAAUGUCCUGUCCAAGGUGACAUUACUACGCUCUCCCAACGACAGAGAAAAGAUAUUUCUGCUGAAAAGGAGCAACUGCCUCAUCUACACUCCACAAAACGAGCAUUUCGGCAUAGUUCCCCUGGAAGGAAUGUACAUGUCUCGUCCGGUGAUCGCCACAAACACGGGUGGACCAACUGAAACUAUCAUCAACGAAACCACAGGAUUUCUCUGCGAACAGACGAAGGAAGAUUUCUCAAAGGCAAUGGUCCGGCUGGUCCGCGAUUCACAGCUGGGCGAGCGGAUGGGCGAAAUGGGUCGCAAGCGCGUGCAGCAGAAGUUCUCGUUUGAAGCGUUUGCCGAUCAGCUGGCACACAUUAUCUCUGAACUGCUAGACCAUAAGAAGGAUAACUGAUAUUUAGUGUAAUGUCCCAGACCCGAGCACCACAAUAGUAUGGAGAAAGAAAACAAAAGUAGAGUUUUAGAAUCACUUCAAAUUUAUCCGCAUGUCCGGCGGUGAAAUCAAAGCUUUGAGCGUCUACUUAAUUACGUGUUACUGCAUUUAUCAGUCAGUUAAGAUUGAAUUUACUAAAGUAAUGGAUGCAUACGAUAUCAAAUCUAAGAAUUCAAAGUAUAAGCACCUCCGUAUCUGCUGACUAAUUCAGCCAUUUUGUUAUCGCUAAGGACAUUGAUGGCAGGCGUUUUAUUUGGUAAGGUUGAAUAUAAGUAGGGGCGCAUCUAAUA